GCUCGGCCGUCCUCGGGCAGCAACAGUGCUCACUUCACACUGUGCCCUUUUCCCCUCCUCCUCCUCUCGCUGCUCUCUCCCGCCUCUUCCUCUUUUCUUGCGAAGAAGUAUCUGUUGAAAGAGUGGGGGCACGGCAGUCGAGCGUACAGCGAGAACGCAGGGAGCUUAAUCAAACUGCUCUUCAACUGUGCCAAAGUGGAGCAGCUUGGAGGCACUGGUUGAGAUCAGAAUCAAAACUGGUGAGACGGCUGGAGACAUCCUUGAGAUCUUCAUGUCUGCAAGUGAAGAAUAAAGCUAGACUUGAGGAGAGCCACAGUUGUUCCAGGAGGACUCUGAAACUGCUUGCGAACCGCUGAGAUUGAGGGCGAGAGGUCAAGAUGGGCGCUUUGAUGGUGAUAUUUUCUCUGCAAACCAAACAAAGGAGAAGAAGGACCGAUAGUGUCGAGGAUGAGCUGGAACUGUCUGCUGUACGCCAUCGACCAGAAGCUUUGGAGCAGCUGGAGGCUCAAACGCGUUUCUCACGCAAAGAGCUUCAAAUCCUCUAUCGGGGCUUUAAGAAUGAAUGCCCCAGUGGUGUGGUCAACGAAGACACAUUUAAGGAAAUUUACUCUCAGUUUUUCCCACAGGGAGAUGCAUCAACGUAUGCACAUUUUCUGUUCAAUGCAUUCGACACAGAUCACAAUGGCUCUAUCAGUUUUGAGGAUUUUGUGAUGGGUCUCUCCAUUCUCUUACGAGGCAGUGUUCAGGAGAAGCUUAACUGGGCAUUUAACCUGUAUGAUAUUAAUAAAGAUGGAUAUAUAACAAAAGAGGAAAUGUUAGAUAUCAUAAAGUCCAUCUAUGACAUGAUGGGGAAAUGCACAUAUCCCAUACUUAAAGAGGAAACUCCACGACAGCAUGUUGAGAUCUUUUUCCAGAAAAUGGACAAAAACAGGGAUGGAGUGGUCACUAUAGAUGAAUUUAUAGACUGCUGUCAAAACGACGAGAACAUCAUGAGAUCAAUGCAGCUUUUUGAGAACGUCAUUUAACAUCUGAACGGACUCUGUUGGCGGGCCAGCUCACAUAACCACCUUUAUACUCCAGAAACCCGACGUCCUCAAUUAAACA